AUGGAGCAGGCAUACAUCACCCACCCGAAUAACGCCAAAGAGGCUUCGGCCUUCACGGGUGCCAACUCCCUUUCCUACCCCGGCGCUGCCGGCCAUCUCACUCCUCCGUCGCCUGAUGCCAAAGACGGUCAGUCGCAGCAGGCGAACCGGAAUGGAGUGAAUGGGCAACAGCAGGGCGUGGUCCAGCAAGCGGUCACUCCUGCUGCCACGCCUGGGCAGCAGCAAACUCAGGGCCACCCAAAGGUUUCCGGCAUUGUACCUACCUUGCAGAACAUUGUUGCCACGGUCAACCUCGAUUGUCGACUUGACCUCAAGACGAUUGCUCUGCACGCUCGUAAUGCCGAAUACAAUCCGAAGCGUUUCGCUGCCGUCAUCAUGCGUAUUCGUGAGCCCAAGACGACCGCCCUUAUUUUCGCCAGUGGUAAAAUGGUCGUCACGGGUGCCAAGUCUGAGGAUGACAGCAAGCUUGCCAGUCGAAAGUAUGCGCGGAUCAUCCAAAAGCUCGGCUUCAAUGCCAAAUUCACGGAUUUCAAAAUCCAAAACAUCGUGGGCAGUUGCGAUAUCAAGUUUCCCAUUCGCUUGGAAGGUCUGGCCAGCCGGCAUCACAUGUUCUCGUCGUACGAGCCGGAACUUUUCCCUGGUUUGAUUUACCGUAUGAUGAAACCGAAGAUUGUCCUGCUCAUCUUCGUUAGCGGAAAAAUCGUACUUACCGGAGCCAAGGUCCGCGAGGAAAUUUAUCAGGCUUUCGAACUCAUCUACCCCGUGCUUUCCGACUUCCGCAAGACCUAG